GCUUGCGUUGUGUUGGGUGCUUGUGUAGUGCAUAAAAAUAGAUUGUAACAACAAAGAAGCAUGGACGACACACUUCCUUUGUAUCCUGGGCAUGGGACUGAUUCUGCAACAAUUCAGAAGAUGAAUGACGUAUCUCCGGAAAUGAAGCCUGCUUCUGCUCCAAGCUCAUUGUUGACUCAAACGACUUUGUUGCUGGGGCCAGAAAAUGGGGUGACAACAUGCCCUUUCUGUCAGGCUUUGGUACGCACUGAAAUAAAGCAUACCACUACAACGCGCACCCACACGCUUUCAUUACUAUACUGCUUGAUAUGCUGCUGUUGCUGCAUCCCAUUUUGCUGUGACUCUGCAAAGAACACUGACCAUUACUGCCCCAGCUGCAAGAAAUACCUCGGUACAUAUGAAAAGUAAACUUAUACGUACCUACUCUUAUUAAACAUAGGUACUUACCAUAUUCAAAACUAUUCUCUAUCUAUCAUAAUUAUGUUUAUUUUCAUUAACAAAUCGUUUAGUAUGUUAAGUUUAAUUCAGUAUGGUCCACUUAUAGCAAUUUUGCUAAAUCUCAAUUUAACUAAUACCAGAUUUAGCCCAUACAGUAAUGUCAAGUUGA